AUGAGCCAUCAAACAGACGUAUUCAUUAUUGGCUCUGGUGUAUCUGGGUUGUAUGCAGCCAUACUGCUUUCCAAAAUCGGACUGUCCAUACAAAUAAUCGACAAUAAGACACAAUCACCGUCUGGACUCUUGGUAUUUUCACCACGUAGUUUACAGCUUCUAAAACAGAUGAACUUGCUCGAUACCAUCACCGCCAAGGGUAUGAAACACUGGAGGCUGGAUAUAUACGAGCACAACGCCUUGGCAGAUAGUAUCCAGUUAUGGGAUAACGAUGUGACAGGCUAUAACUAUUGUCUGUCCUGUGAACAGUCCGUUGUGUGCGAUAUCCUCAGACAACAUGUCAGUUUGGAUGUGAUGAAGGAACGCAUCACCAAGAUAGAGGAUCAAGAUGACUUUAAGCGAAUCGAGUUGAGUCAUGGUCAAUGCUGGAAAUCACAGUUUGUUCUGGUAGAAAACGAUGAUACAAAUCUUGUCAGACAAACAUUAGGUAUCGGAUACAAGUAUCACAAUAACAAGAGGUACUUUUAUACCCUUCAAAUAGCCAUUCUUCAGUCCAAUUUUCCUAGCAUCAGACAGAUCUCGGUGAUCAAAAAGAAUCAAGAGAAUGUGUUGAUUGUAGGACAUCAGGAUACACUCUAUAUCACAUUUGAACAUAAGCCUAGUUGGAGCAAAGUAUCCAUUGAUGAUGAAAUCCCUGUCGCCUUGGCUCUUGGACACAUCAAAUACAUGAUGGAUCCCUUUCAAGUGGAAUUUGGUAGAGUGAAAAGCUAUACGAAAUGGAAAGGCGAUCAAAGGUCAAGUGAGCUAUUUGAGCACGAAGGUUACUUCUUCAUAGGCUCUUCUUCUCAAACAACCUCACCACUUUUGGAUAUUAAUGCGUACUUUGAAGGUGUUCAGAACCUUUGUUGGAAGCUAGGACUUGUUUUUCGACAAUGUGCUAGUACCACUUUGCUCGAUACAGUCAAUCAAGAGACACAGCUCAAGUCAGCAGAGUAUAUCCAGACAUCGAUCGUAUGGAUGGAGCGAAUGCUGUCUACGUCGCCCUUGCGAGAGAUCAGGUACCAGCUUGAUCGACUGAAACGGUGCUUUGUAGGGGAUACGCCAUAUGCGUCCAACCUGAUUAACUGCCACCAUCAAGAGAUUAGCAGUACUUUUGAAUUCACCAUCGGUGCUGGCUGCUUAGCUCCCAAUGGAAACUUAAAGCCGUACAGUCUGGUUCAACUCUUGCUGCUGACCAAUACAAAACCUGCAAAGCCAGCGACGACGCAGUUAAAGCCGUCAAACAGUACAAGCAUAGAACAUUCAAGAGGACGAUCGAGCUCGAUGAACAAUAGUAAUCUAUCGAACCUCUUUAAUAUCUUUCAAAAGGGACACAAGAAACAAAACAGUACAUCAAGCAAUAAGAUGACAGUAGUCACUGAGCGCAGAUCAUCCGAACGGUGGAAGAGCAUUAGACCAAACUAUCUACAGCUCCUCGACUGUAUCCAAAGCACUACUCAGUUCACCCUCCUUGUCUUUUGUGGUUCACUGUCCACUUUUGAAUCUUCUCCUCUAUCCAAAGUGACUCAACAGAUAUCCUCUCCCAUCUCCUUUCUUUACCAUUACACGCCGGACAUGAUGCAUAGCAGCAGCAGCCCGACGACCCGAUGGUCGGCCUCAUCGAUUCAUUCAUUUUAUCAACGACGAUCGACGGACACGACUCGGUCUUCAUUCGAAGACAGUCUGAGGUUCUCAUACAAGCCGCAACCACCUAGUGAACCCGACCUGUUUUCGAUCAUGUUUAUUUCGAAUUCGACAAAACAAGAAGCGAACCAGUACCUUACCCAGACACCUCCCUCGGUCGUCCACUCGACCUGGCCAUUUGGACUCGACAAAGUCUACCUUGAUCAUGACCAGCAGUGUUACAAGGCAUAUGAAAUCAAACAACCCGAGAUCAUCGUGAUCCGUCCUGACGGUUACAUUGGGACACGAGUGGAUAAUUAUGAUCAAUUAUGUCUUUAUUUUGAUUCAUUUUUAACUUCCCCCAAUGAACAUAGCGCGGCGGCUGUGGUAGCCGCGAGCUAUUAUGGCUGA